UAACAGUUGCUGCGAACACAGCAAGGUAAACGCAACAAAAAUAAACAUCAACAGUUUCAACCGAAAGUCCAUCAAAAACCAACAAUGAAGCUUCUGGCGCUAAUCUUUCUGGCUGUUGUUGCCUUUGCUGCCGCCAAAGUGGUGCCCACGUCGAACAGCAACAGUCUGAGCAUUGAUCAGCAUGGCAAAAGGGUUUAUGCGGACGAAGUCGAGGAUAAAUGCGAAUAUUUUUGUGCUGAAAAGGACCCUUCUGUUUGUGCCAGCAAUGGACAAUGCCUACUGAAGUUUGAGAGUCGCUGCGCCAUGGCCGCGUACAACUGCCGCAAUCCCCAGAAAAUGUUCAACACCGUGGAUGACCAUCGAUGCCUGCAAGAUUGGCAGCCACUUUGCAUGGAGUCAGAUCUCAAGGAGUUUGGCCUGUAAAAAAGGUCUCGGUUGAAAGGUUGUAGGUUAAGAAUUUAAUAAAACCAAUUGAACAAGAUAAA